CUGGCUGAUUCAUAUGACCACCCUGAACCAAUCAUUCUGGCCAGUGGGAUUGACUGACUCAGCCCUGCUCUGCUCCCAGGGAGCCAGCUUCCUAGAAACACAUGGAUCCUAGAAAAGGGAAAAUGGAGUCAUGAGAAGAAUGCCGGGCCCUGAAAACUACAUUUCCCAGGCUCCCUUUGCCAACUGGCUUCCUGUCAGAUUCUGCGAAUGGGAAGUAACAGGUGAGAAACGGUAUGCCAGGAGAUGGGACCGGUGCGGGACAGGCAAAGUCAUUUCCUCUCUGCAUCCACUGGAGACUCUGGCAGCAGCUGGUGGUUGUGGGCUCGGAGACAUUCAGCAUUUCCAGCAGUGAGGUGCUGGUUGAAGGAGGGACUCAGCCUUUCCUUUCCUGUCUUACCUUCUGUGAAGGGCUCUGUAAUCAAAGCAAGAACACGGACUCUUCCAAAAACACUUAUCUUUGCCAACAUACUCUUAUCACAUCACCUCCUCCUAGAAGCUACCCUGAUUGCCUUCACCUCCUUUCUUGAAAACUGGUGUCUGGGCAAAAGUUAACAGAAGCCUCGUGUAAAUGCCCUAGGGGUGUGCUGUUGGUAGGGGCACAGCCCCCUGUGAUGUGGAACACCACGCUCAGAUUCAUCAGUUGGGAUUGCCUGAGGCCUUGCCGCCCCUCGGACCAUGUUUAACGGGGAGCCUAGUCCGGCCUCGGCCGCGGCCUCCAGGAAUGUGGUUCGGAGCUCCAGCAUCAGCGGUGAAAUCUGUGGCUCCCAGCAGGCUGGGGGUGGGACCGGGACCACCACGGCCAAGAAGCGGCGCAGCAGCCUUGGGGCCAAGAUGGUGGCCAUCGUGGGCCUGACUCAGUGGAGCAAGAGCACACUCCAGCUCCCCCAGUCUGAAGGGGCCACCAAGAAGCUGCGCAGCAACAUCCGGAGGAGCACAGAGACAGGCAUCGCCGUGGAAAUGCGGAGUCGGGUCACACGCCAGGGCAGCCGAGAGUCUACUGAUGGGAGCACCAACAGCAACAGCUCCGAGGGCACGUUCAUUUUCCCCACCACCCGGCUCGGGGCUGAAAGCCAGUUUAGUGAUUUCCUGGAUGGGCUGGGACCAGCCCAGAUUGUGGGGCGACAGACAUUGGCGACACCACCAAUGGGGGACGUGCACGUUGCCAUCAUGGACCGGAGUGGCCAGCUGGAGGUGGAAGUGAUUGAGGCCCGGGGCCUGACCCCCAAACCAGGCUCCAAAUCCCUCCCAGCCACCUAUAUCAAGGUUUACCUGCUUGAGAAUGGGGCCUGCUUGGCCAAAAAGAAGACAAAGGUCGCCAAGAAGACCUGUGACCCCCUGUACCAGCAGGCUCUGCUCUUUGACGAGGGGCCCCAGGGCAAGGUGCUGCAGGUGAUCGUCUGGGGAGACUACGGCCGCAUGGACCACAAAUGCUUCAUGGGCAUGGCCCAGAUCAUGCUGGACGAGCUGGACCUGAGCGCCGCGGUCGCCGGCUGGUACAAACUCUUCCCUACGUCCUCAGUGGCAGACUCUUCGCUUGGAUCCCUCACCAGGCGCCUGUCCCAGUCCUCCCUGGAGAGUGCCACCAGCCCCUCGUGCUCCUAAGGACCUCCAGAAGAGGCCAGGAUGUAGUGUGGGAAGGGAUGCCUGAUGGCCUCCCCUCCCUUGUACAUAGUCUUUGUGUCUUUCUGGCCCCCUUGCCCUGCUGCAUGCCUGUUGGCUACUGGGCCCGUCCCAGCUGGCAGUGGAGACUGUAGUGUGUGUGUGUGUGUGUGUGUGUGUGUGUGUGUGUCUGUGUGUGUGUCUGUGUGUGUGUGUGUCUGUGUCUGUGUCUGUGUGUGACCACGUUAUAUCUGUUCAUCUGUCUGGGUACGGUCAGUCUUGGUGACUACAUGGGCUACAAUCCACAUCCCUCUGUGUCUUGUUGAAAAGAAACCCAAAGGAGUGUUGUGUGGGCACCAAUCCCCCCUGAGUCCAGGGGUAAAAAUGGGGGCCGUGGCCGCCAGUCCGUCCUGCCUGGCCCUGUGCCCGGGGCCGAGCCCACAUGUCCCCGCCCGGGCCGCCUCUUGGCGGUCCCUGCUUAGUUUUCUGUCUUGUCCUUCGUUCCACCUUUGCUUCUCCCAGCACCACUGCUCUCUUUUGAGGAAUGUAGCACCCACUGCAGCUGGCCACCCUGAGUCCCCUCUGGGACCCGACGCCCUCCUCCCCACCCGAGUGCUCUGGCAGCUCUUCCCACUGAAUGCAUCUGCAGCAUGUGCCAUGCUCAUCUGGUGCCCUGGCCAGGGGCCUGGGGAGCAGAGGAUGCCCAGGGAGCUGAGGGCUUGGAGACCAUCUUCUCCCCCUCGGGUCGGAGCUGCCUCCUUCCUAUGGGUGAGACGCUAGGAAGUCUUAGUUCCCAGGGUUGCUGGCCAGGCCCCUUAGAGGGAAGUGCUGGCACCUCCCUUAGGCAUGUUCUUCACCUCCUGUCUUCCUCCGAACCUCCUCACUUCCAACAUGCCAAAGGAGCUCUCCCAGUGGAUCCCAGGAGGUGUGGACGUGGAGGGUCUUGACAUCCAGGAGGCUGGCCUCAGAAGGGGGAUGUUAUCCGCCCCAGCAGAUGGUCCCUGGGGGCACCUGUGUCCUCUCCAGGCCCUGGGGGUGGUCCUGUCCCUCUCUGGGCUCAUGCUGGGGGGGCUGGCUUGUGGAGGAGGUGCUGAGGGUGGGGCUGCUUACUGGAAUGGGGGGCGCUGGGGCUGACCUGCCCUGUGCCCCUUGAGAAUCCCGUCUGACCUUUGGGGAUUAGCUGCAUGAGGUUGAUCAUUUGGGUCUCUCUUUGUUUGCUCAUUUCCAGACCAGGGUCCCUGUGUGGGAGCUCAGACUCACUUGGGCUCCAGCCUUCUGGCCCCAUGGACAGCCUGGCUCUGGACUCAGCUAGACUGCCAUAGACACCAGCUCUGUACAAGCAAUACUUUCCCCUUUCUGCCUCCCCACCUCCUUGCGCUCCGCAGCUGCGCUCUGGAGAGUGGCCUGGCCGGCCCUAGGCGCCUCACCUGCCUCUGCUUUCUUUCUACCCUUGUCUGGAGCUUCCCAAAGCCACUCUAAAACCCUGACUUCAUUUGACAGCUGGGCCCUGUGGGUGGGGACCGGGGCCUGGACUGGCCCUGUGAGAUGUCUGCUAGGAAAUGCCCAAAUCUGUCCUCUUCCUCCUCGGGUCUAGGGCAAAAGGCUAGAGGUUGCCCAGGGGAUGGACACAGUAGCCCUUGGGUCUGCGUCUGGUGGGGAGCCAAGAGGUGGCAGGAGGGGUCAAGGUGUGGAGAAGACUGUCCCUCUGCCUCUUCCCCCGGCGUCAGCCCCACGUGUUGCGAUGACUCUGACCCACCUACUCGAGGUGGAGGGGAGCUACCCCGCCGAGCAGUGGAGGGAGGGGUCUCUGGGCCUGAGUGCUUGGGCUCCAUUUGUAACCAAAGCUGGAUGGAUGGGCAGAGUGGCGGAUUCUGAGGGCAGGUGGAGGUGGAAGCGUCUCUGCCCAAAGGGCCUCCUUUCCUGGCAGGAAGCCACAUCAGGUUAAAGCCAGAGCCCGGUCACCUCUCUCCCAGGAAAACCCCAUCGGCCCUGCCCACAGACAGAAAGUGGGUACGGGCAGUAAGAAAUGAACCGAAUGGGCUCCUGGCUCCUGCCAGAGCCUCCGUCCUUGUCUGAUCACAGAUGAGGACUGCUGUGGGCGUAGAGCGAGGGAGGAGGCAGCUGGGUCGAGUUUUCUCUUUAGGCAGAAAUUCUCUCCUGUUGUCGGGACUGGGUAAUGCAUGCAUUUCUCAUGUUUCUAAAAAUAAGGCGAAGGGCUCUACUCUUUGACCCUAGGGUAGGGAAAGGGAGGAAACUCGCUCACAAAAGGGUAUUUUUUUGUUUUGUCCGUGAGGUGUUCACCUUCAGAGCGACCUCCCUCAGGACGGUGUGAACGUACUCUACACUUUUGGAAUGGGGGGAUUCGUAGUGAUCCACAGGAUAGUGUAGACAUUUGCUGAUGUAGCACUGAGUGGUGAGACCCAGACCACACAGUCAUCCCCAGGGAACGGGGGAUAUCACUGAGGGGUAUCACCUUCAUUCCUCUAGGGGCCCAGGAAGACAGAGAAGGUGGAGCGCUGCCCGCAGAGCAAUGGCCUCUGGGUAGCUGCAGGCAACGAUGCCCUCACCUCUGGGGGAGGGUUGGUUAGCACCGUGGAACUUCUAGCCAGAGAUGGGGCGUGACGUGUGGUGACUUGGGCCUGCCUACAGUCUCCCACCUCUCUAGUGGGAAGCAAUCCUCCCCGGGUAGACCUUAGGGAAUUAUUCUUUUUAACCCUUGGCACCAAAUAAGUUACUAAUCCCCAGUGGAUUCCCUCCCCCCCCCCGCCCCCCAUGAUGGUGAGGUCACAUGAGACUGAUGUGUGUGUGACGGUGAAUGGCUGGAUUUAAGGGUCUGUUUCUCACCCUCCUGGAUCCAGGGGUUUGUCUGAGAAACCGUUUGGGAGCAAGCCUGUCCCAGGAGGGGAGGGAGCACUAGUGAGACUCCUGUCCUUCCCUGGGGAGGGCAGCAUCUUUGAGGAGAGGAUGGUGGGGAAGGAAGGAACCAUCUCCUCCAGAGUUCUCCCUGAACUGGGACCGACUCGCUGCCAGGUACAGCCUCGUGGCUCUGAAGGCCUCCUCACCCCAGGUGAAACCCAGAGCUGAGUACAGGAUGGGACUCUGCCAUUCCCCUUCCUCUGCUCAGGCAGGAUUCGUGGAGGAUGUGGCAGAGAUGGGGGUGGCCCCGCGGCAUUGCUGGGCUGUGGGCAGGAACCGUGACGGAUGAUUCAGAGCAUCUGUCUUCACGUUUCUGCUCUGUUCCAUGUGUCCUACUUCCUUCUUAGACUCCUUCCCUACAGGAAGGUCUGAGGGCCUUUGGUGUGAAUCAGGCUCCAGUAAACGGGGCCAAGUCUAGGUUGGACAAGGGGGAUUUGAUCCUUCAGGGAAGAACCAUCUCCAAAACGACUCCCCGUGCGGUCUCUUCCACCUCCCAGUUCUCCCAGGAAAGGAGUGGUGGGCUAAGGAGGCCCUCUGGGGGCAUGCCAGCAUUCCAGGGGGGUGAGGCAGAGCCCCGGGGCUCCGGAGAGAGGGCACCCGUGUAGCCCAUCGCUGGUGGGAUCGCCGGUUCUCCCAGGGGCAUGACGCCUGCCAGGGCCAGCCUCCAGGAGAGCAGGCCCCUCCCCCACCCCUUAAAGACACUAGAGACCUCCAAGGGUCCGUCUUUGGAAAUGAAAUGUAGCACAAUCUUAGACUGCGUUACCAGGAGCCCUGACCCGCGACCGGGGCUCUUGCUCCUCGCCCUGCUGCCCGGGAGACGCUGAGCUCCUCCCCCACCCUGGGACUCCGGGGCUCCCGCUGCCUCCCAUUCCCUCUCUUCCUCGGCCCAGAAAGCAGCAGAGCUUCAGUAAGGCUGCUCUUCUGUGUCUCUGAUUGCUUCCUGCACUGUGCAAACUCUGUGCAAGAAAUGGCUGCCUUUGCUUGAUGGUGUAGACGAGGUGCCCCCCGCCUGGGCGCGGGAGAUGGUGUACCAUUCCGGGCCAGGUUGUCCAGCAGCGUUUCCGCGGCGUCUGCAAGGAGCCGGAAAAGAAGAGGCCUGCCUCCCGGCCCGACUCCUCCCUGUAUCUCCCUCUCCUCGCCGUCUUCUCCAAUAUCCUGGCCCGCAAAGAGGUUCUCUAAAAUGCUGCUUCCUGUACCGGAUUCUCUCUCACUGAACGAAGAGGGAAGUGAUGGGCGUGUAGACUCCCCCCCCCCUGCCUUCUCCCUCAAGUCUGCUUUUCACUCAGGUCAGAAGAGGACGGGGCAAAACCAAACACUCACGACUGAAGGCAGGGGGGUCCCGCCCAAUCAGGCGAGGCCUGAUGGCGGCUGGAUUGGCCUGGUCUGGCUGGGAAAGGGUUAUUUUGAGAGUGCCUGAGCAUCUCAGAGCAAUGUCGGUGAUGCCAAAGAGAGCAACUCGGUCUCCCCCCCGGGCACCGACUGGGCCGCAGGUGUUGGCGUGCCUGAUGGUGGGACCUUGUUCUCUGACAAAGGGCUUAAUCUUUCCAUGUAGCAAAGCAACUCCUUCUCCCCACCCCCCCCCCCCCCCCCCAACCCUGAGCUCGGGCUUUUGUGGGCCCAGAGUGGCUGUGCCUGUGAGGAGAACCACACCAGUAAGAGAAUUCUGUCAGGGGCCUAGACUAGCUUGGGGCGAUGCUUGUUGAAAAGUGCGUUACUGCUUUGGGAAAACAUUCCGGGGCUCUAGUUGGAAACUUAGCCAGUAAGGCCAGGGGCCCUGGUCCCCACCCCCCACCCCCACCCCAAGGAGUCCACCCCGUUGUCAGGAAGGGUCCGCGAGACUGGGGCCCAGAGAGUUUGGCUAACAGAAAUGGGCCCUGGGAAUCCAUGGGCAACAGAGCAUCCGCCCCACGGGUCAAUGGCCUGGACGGCUGGUUACAGGGAAUGGAAGGCUGUUAUAUACAGUUUUGUCCAAAACUGUGACCUUGUGCAAGACUCCUCUCUUUUCCGGGCCUCAGCUUCCUCAUCCGCAAAAUCAGAGCAUUUGCUAGUUGCUCCAUGGUUCCUUCCAGGUUUUAAAAGUCUGAUCUGGAGCUGAGGAGGGUUUUGAGCCUGGUGCACCUGGUUCCACGGGCCGGAACCUUCCAGCCCCUCGUGCCCCAACUGGGUGCAGGUCCUCAUCCGUCCAUGCCCAGAUGCUGCUUCUGACAAGAACUCUGGGAAUCCUAACAGACUCUGCUUCCCCCUCUUCGUGGUUUGUUCUCCCUCUUUUCUUCUUGCAUAAUGAUGAGAAAUAAUUAAGGGUUGUCUACAAUGGACAAUUUUCACGGUGCUGAUGUGAUGUCACAACCUCAGCUGCACCCUGCGUAGGUCAGUAUCCCCACCAGCAGAUGAGACCGGGUCAGUCCUCAUUUCUGCUUCUAGAAUGACAUCCGUGGGAGAGUUGAACACCUGAGGACGUUGAAGGCAAUGGUCUCUGAUGGGAGGAGAGAGGGCACUUACUUCCUGUCAAAGUAUUUUGCUUCUUAAAACCGUUCCUCUCUCCAGAAUCUCUCACCAGACAUCAUCUCCGCAGGCAGAGUGGCUGCUUCCUUAGGAAAAGUUGGCCUGAUUAUUCCAUCCACUCCUUUAGAAUGUAAAUUCACAGGAGGCAGGAACCCCUUUUUUAGAAUUUCCAAAUGCAUCCUGCAAAGAAAGAGAUAGCUGAUAGGGACUGACAAGCACACUGUUUAGAUAAGAAGCAAUUAGCCUUUUAUAUCUGCGCUCUAUACAUUUUCUAUGUGCAGCAUCUUCCCAAACUUGCUGUGGCUCCUAGGUGGCAGGUGGACGGCUGGGAGGACUGCCGGCUGUUUCGUCCAACAUUCUUGCCAAUUCCCUUGAGGAGAAAAUUCUUCACAUGGCUUCUGCAUGUACAAUAUUUGGGCAGCAAAAAAAAAAAAAGAUUAAAGUCAGUUUGAAAAUGG